UGUCACGUUAACACACACUCCUCGCUCAAGUGCACACUCAUGUGGGGUAAGCUCAUCUUGUCUCUCGCUCUUUAUUAAUACAGGAUUAUAUUUAUUCUCAAUCCCAAACUCACACCACAAUCCACAGGCUCCUCUUAAAAGUACACGCACUGUCUGUCAAGGACUGUCAAAUGUAGCAAGGCAGUCAGGUAAGCUGUGUGCCAACAACAGGAGGCAGAGGAGUUUCAUUCUUUUUGAAUGUCCAUGGAGGCCUGCUGUUCAUCCGGUUGCUGACAAGGACUUUACCAGACAGCAGGUGGAUUACAAUCAGACAAGAAUAGAGUUUUGUAUAUCCAGUCUCAUGAAGAUGUUUCCUUGGUCCGCUGUGUUCUCCAUUGAGCCUAAAGUUCCUGGCCAACGUAGCAGUGAGGAAUUGGUCACCAACACUCUGAUGCUGGAGCUGGGGGCAAUGGUGAAGCGCACUGAACGCAUCCGCUUAGAGCGGGAGACAGAGGGUUGGCGCCGCCGUCGCAGCUCCACCUCCACAGCUGAUUACAGCUGGCUGGCCAACACCCCGACAACACAGCCCUACGAGCUGACACCCAAGGACCUGCUGGAACUGCAGGAGCUCUGUACCAAGAUCCCUCCUGCACAGUGUGGCCCUUUGAUUGUCAGGUUCAGGAGGUUGGUGUCACAGAUGGAGCCUGAGGUUCACGAGGUCCCCCGACUGUUUCGCACUGUGCUACAUGACUGCGUGGACGAGAUCAAUGGAAAUGAUGAAGUACAGCACGCCGUCUUUGAGAAGCAGGAACGCAGCAAGAGCCUCUCUUUUGAUGUUUUCCGUACCAAGCUCCGCACGGGUCACUUCUUCAAAGGCAUGAGAGGCUCCAGAGGAAACCUGCAGCAGGAGGUGGAUUGGUCGGAUGAGGAGGAGGAUGGAGAAGGGGAGGAGGAGGCCAUCAAGGCCAGGGCGAGGAAAGGAAGGAGCAGGAGUAUGCCAGAGAUCAGCCCUAUGGAGCAGAGUGCCCAUGGGUGAGAGAAGGGAUGGGGGGGGGAGUCAGGGGAAAGACAAUACAGAAAGGAUGGUGGGAGGGAGAAGAGGAGCACCUGUAAAGGAGUUCUGGUAGGGGGAGCAGGGUCAGUUUAUUGUAAAUAUGGGGAGGAGGGAAGAAUGGGAUGUUGAGGAAAGAGGGAAGGUAGCGUUCAGUGAAAAAAGUGGACAGAAUAGAUGUGAACAAAGGAGGAGAAGAGUCUAGAAACAUGUUUAAUUGUAAAUAACUAGUCCAUCACAAAAAACAUUAUUGGUUUGGUUUUAAGGUUCUGACACAUGUGGUUAGCACAGGUAUAAAAAAAGACUAUGGGUCUGCAGCCAUGCUAUCAUUUGUCGAGAUCUAACUCAAAACCACAGAUGUCAACCUGCGUGCAUCAUCUGGGGACCAUGAAUGCCUGUAUAAAAUAUGAAGUUUCAGUCGGGACUAAAAUGGUGGACCUACCAGCUGUUCAGCCAUCCACAGAGCUAAACUGCCAGCAGCACUAAAAUGUGCUGCACGGGAUUUCAUUGAAAAUGUCUUGCGUUGCUAACUCUUACAUGCUUCAGGUGUAGCCUUAAAACCAAACAGCUUAUGGAAAGAAAGAACAGGUCUUUAUGAAUCAUACACGUGUCAUAAACUGUCUCUGAAAACAUGUUAUGCAACACACAGGACAGCUGUCUUCUGCAGGGUUCAAGGCCAUUCAUCUGUAUAUUCAGCUGUCACAGUUCACAGAAUCAUCUGUAAUCCUUCUUUUUUUUUUAAUAUAAGUACAGUUGUGUAACAUUUGAGACUAAAUGGGACUUGUGGAUUUUGGUCCAUUGUUAUCUGUUAAGUGUACAUUUUUAAGUCUAGUAGCCUUGAAGAGUUUCUACAAAAGGAUUAAAAAGAUACCUGAACCGUUACUUUACUUUUUUAUGUAUGUAAAUAUUUCUGGGGGCCUGUACUGUGAUAAAUAAAUAAAUAAAUACCCUAUUUGUGGUGUAAACGGGCUAAAUAUAGCACACAAAACUGCUUAACUCUGUUGACUCGUCUUAGCCUCCUGGCCCAGCAUGGCUAAUUAUAUCACUGGUUAAUCCUCUUAACCCAAGAAAGGCUCAGCCAUGAAUGCCAGCACCCUAUUAUUAUUUUAUUAAUAUGCACUUUCUUAUCAAUACAUCAUUAUCACUAUUUGCACUUUAUACAGUGAAUUCAAGGCAUUUGGCUAAAAAAAAAAAAAAAA